AUGCCGAAUUGGUAUCAGAAAGGUGUCUUACUUUGUAUAUGUAUUGAAAUAAUUGAAAAUUUGUGUGCAAUUGCAUUGCCUCAAUCUUUCAGCAAUUUCUAUAUCGUAUGGUAUUUUGUUGUUUUCCAAGACUUUUUAAUGGAAGUGUUUGAUCUUCAAGGAGGCAAACCAAAACAACAUGAUACUAGAAACAAAGCAAAAGAGAGUAAUAAAAGAGAAUCCAAGCCGUUUUCCAGUUUGGAUGCGGCCGAUGCCAUCUUUCCUUUUAAGCAGGUCAUCUAUGGUAGGCUUCCAGAUAAAAAUUGUGUAAUUCUGAUAAAAGAUUUGAUAAGCAUGGAAGGAGUGAAUGAAAGAAAACUAGAAGUUUUCGGAGUCGAAGACCGGGGAGUACCUGGGGAUAUUGAUUCCCUUGGAGGUGAGUAUGAUCAUUUGAUGGAAGGAUUAAUUUUCUUUGAUGAUCAGCUCCAAUCAUUUUCAGACGAUGAGCUUCUUGAUGAUCUAAUGUUCGAUGCCAUUUCUCCCUUGCUGAAAUCCCUGCUGGAGGAGGAGAUUGUAAAGCUUCGUGAAAUCCCUGCUGGAAUUCAAGAUACUAGUGAACACAACAAUGAAGAGAAUCAUCCACAUGCUACAACAUCAGCUGAGCAGCUUAAGAGUUUUGUUAGCGAUUUCAAACUACUAAAUGGAGACAAAACAAUUGAGCCGACAAGCGAAUCAACCACGGAACUGUCGACUGAAGAAAUCAUGAGGGUUGCCGGAAAAAGGUUCAUUCUAUCUUAUUCCCCAACACUUGAUAUUAUGCCCGUACUUGGCAAUCCUUGCGAUCUGUCUUUAUCUCGAUUUUCGAGGGGGGAAAUAGAAGGUAUAGAACUUGCUGAUAUGCUUCUAGCUUCUGCAGAGAAAGUGAGCAAUCGAGAAUAUGAACGUGCCAGCAAACUGCUCAGCCGAUGUGAUCGUUUGUCUUCCAGCACUGGAAAUCCCCUUCAAAGGAUAGUUCAUUCUUUUUCUGAAGCUCUUCAUGAGAAGAUUGAUCGGGAAUCAAAGGGCUCAAGCAAAAAGCUUACGUUUGACAUUCCUGAGGUGUUAAUGACUCCCAACUCUGCAACUCUAGCUUGCUACAGAGACGUUCCCUUCGCUCAGGUUGAACAAGUUGCUGCAAUCCAAGCCAUUGUAGAAAACGUGGCUAUGGCAAAGAGGGUUCACAUAAUUGAUCUUGGCAUCAAAUGUGGAAUGCCAUGGACACUUUUGAUGCAAGCCCUUGCAUCUCGAGACGAAUGCCCACUUGAGAGUCUCAAUUUAACUGUUGUCGGAACUUGUUCAAGUCAAAUGGAAGAAGCAGGUAAAUGGUUAAUGAGUUUUGCUGAAACCAUGAACUUACCAUUCUCUUAUAUGAUGGUUAGAAUGUCGGAUACGUUUGAGAUCAAAGAAGAUCAGUUUGAGAUUGAUGCAGAAGAAACAGUUGCUGUCUUCUCUGAGUUUUUCCUGUGGACUAUGAUUUCACAGCCCGAUCGCCUGGAUUCUUUAAUGAAAGUGAUCAGAAAAUUCAGUCCAUGUGUAAUGGUGAUUAUUGAAGUGGAAGCAAAUCUCAAUUCACCUGAUUAUGUGAGCCGUUUUAUUGAGGCUCUCUUCUUUUACAGUGCAUAUUUUGAUGCCAUUGGUGUCUGCAUGGCGAAGGAUAAUCAAAGCAGGUUGUUUAUAGAAUCAAUAAUAAGGCAAGGAAUCAAGAGUGUUGUGGCGGCUGAGGGAGAGGAACGGAAAGCUCGAUAUGUAAAGAUUGAUGUUUGGAGGGCUUUUUUAUCCCGUUUUGGGAUGAAGGAGGAAGAACUCAGUAUGUCUUCCUUGUACCAAUCAUAUCUGGUGAACAAGAAGUUUGCUUCUGGGGAUUGUUGUACACUUGAUAUGAAUGGAAAUGCCCUCAUUAUUGGGUGGAAGGGAACCCCACUUCAUUCGCUUUCAGUUUGGAAGUUCCUUUGA